GUAACAACCCAAAAGCAUGGUAGGUAGAAACAUAAGUAUGAACAUUUGUCGCAACGUCCGGCAGUAGACUCAGCCGAUAGCAUCGGGCGGUCGCGUCGUCCACACUGAAGUUUUAAUUUUGGAAUGUGCUCUACAAAUAUCAACCGAAGUGUUUUAGAGUUCUUUGUUGUGUUUUACGUCCGUUUAAUUAAGUGCAUGCAUAAAUAGUGUAUCAGUAAGUUUUUUUAUGAACUGGACGAGACAUAACGAUGACGAUGAAUAUGGAAACAAAGGAAGAAUUAAACAAAAAGUCAACGAACACCGAUCAUGAUGUUUUGGAGACAAUGCUUACAUACAUCGGUGAGAUCGGGCGCUACCAGAAAUUCCUGUUCUGCGCCAUGCUGCCCUUCGGACUGUUCUUCGCUUACGUGUACUUCGUGCAGAUGUUCAUCGCCGCCACUCCGCAGCGCUACUGGUGCCAUGUACCAGAGCUCGCGCACUUGGAUUUAGACCUGAGACGGAAUCUUUCGGCACCUGGAGCCAUCGCGGGCGGGGAUUGGGAGCGCUGUUCCACGUUCCAAACCAACUGGAGCCUGGUGCUGGAGACCAUGGCGCCGCCCGGCAACGACACGCCCACCGCGCCGUGCCACCAUGCCUACGAUUUCGAUCUUACUGACAUUCCUUAUCACACGGUAGUAAGCGAGCGAGGGUGGGUGUGCGAUAAAUCAAGCUAUGCUCCAAUGGCACAGUCGAUAUUUUUUGCGGGAUCAUUUGUGGGGGGGCUGCUAUUUGGGUGGUUAGCAGAUCGAUUUGGAAGAAUACCCGCUUUAGUUGGAUCCACUAUGAUCGGGUUUGUAGGCGGAGUCGCAACCAUAUACACCACUGGAAUAGUAGACUUCACCAUCGCGAGGUUUCUGGUCGGCAUGGCAUACGACAGUUGUUUUAUGAUGAUAUAUAUUUUAGUUCUUGAAUACAUCGGCCCUCGGUACCGCACGCUGGCGGCGAACCUGUCGAUCGCGCUGUUCUUCGGCGCGGGCUGCGUGUCGCUACCGUGGCUGGCCCUGUGGCUGGCCGACUGGCGUACGCUGCUGUGGGCCACCUCCGCACCCAUGCUCAUCGUCCUCGCCAUUCCUUUCACGGUUCCAGAAAGUGUCCGAUGGCUGGUCUCUAGAGGACGCACCAAUCAAGCAGUCCGGGUGUUCAAAACUUUUGAAAAAAUUAACCGCACCCAGAUUCCGCAGGAAGUGGUGGACGAUUUUGUUAUAGCAUCCCGUCAAACCCAAAAUCAGAAGCAUUCAGUGAGUGGCUUGUUUAGAAGUGCGCCGCUGCGGACGAUGCUUGCGUACAUGGUGACGGUGUACAUGUGCUGCGCGCUCAUGUUCGACGGGCUGGUGCGGCUCUCCGAGUCUCUGGGGCUGGACUUCUUCCUCACCUUCACGCUGGCUUCCGCCACCGAGAUCCCCUCCGUCACGUUGCUAGCUCUUGUCAUGGACAGAUGGGGUCGGCGAAAGCUUACAGUGGUGCCCAUGGGAUUAUCGGGCAUAUUGAUAGGCAUUGCAGCAUUUUUACCUAAAGGAGUCCCGCAGACGACGGCCGCGGUGAUGGCGCGGUUCUUCAUCAACAUGUCGUACACGGCCGCCAUCCAGUGGGCCACCGAGAUGCUGCCCACGGGCGUGCGCGCCUCCGGCUCCUCGCUAGUGCACGUCAGUGGCUACGUGGCCACCGUCUUGUCACCUUUCAUAGUCUUCUCGGAACGUUACUGGAGGUCGCUGCCACUGCUGAUUAUGAGCGGGCUGGCCGUGCUGGCCGUGGGCUGCGGGCUGAUGCUGCCCGAGACCAUGGGCCGCCCCAUGCCGCAGACCAUCGCCGACGGCGAGGCGCUUGUCAGGAACAACACCUUGUGCGGAAAAAUAGAAGAAAUCGAAGAAGACGAAUUACAGGAGAUGAACAAAACGAAGGAGCCCAUUAUGUAGCGACUUUGUGUAAUGUAAUAUUUGUACAUACAUGGGUAUCUACAAAAUAAGUAAAGGGAUGGGUACAGGUAUACGUAGGUAUACCGUAAGCUAGGGAGCUGUGGUUACAUUAAUUUUCUAUUUUUAAUCAAAAACUUCUUUACCUCUUAGGUACCGUUAAUGGUAUUAAAAUUAAGGUAGAAAUAUUGUCGUCAGAUCUAAAUUGUCUCAAAUUGUACAAAAUCAGAAAUUUUCGGAAACUGUCAACGAGGACGAGGUCGUAGCGUGCGGAUAUCCGCUUAUGGGCUGAUUUACAACAAAACCAUUUAUACCUAGUAAUUUUUGUGAUUGCUACAUAAUGAAAUGCAUUAAAAUACUCGUACUUGCGUGGGUUUAUAAAACGAGCGAAGUGAGUUUUAUAAAAGGAUCUCACGAGUGAUUUCAUGCCUGAUUAUAUACAGUUACAUACACUGUUUUAUUUACACGCAUUAUUAGCUCUCUAUGAUGUGUUCAGGAACCGCAUGCCACUACCGGCGAAUUGCGGCAUCGUUGCUCUGUCGCGGAACUUGCCGCUAUGAGAUAGCGUCUCCAAAAUAUCUUAAUCCUUCACAAAAAAAUUCAAAAGUUAAGUAUAAACCUAAAAGGCGGAAAAAAGAAGAUAUUUCUUUUUCCGCCAAUAUCUCAAAAGUAUUUAUAUGUCAGAAAUCUAAAUAAAUAAUUAUUGAAAAGGAAGAAA